AUGGGACCUCCCGCAAAGAGAAAACUCGUCAAAAUCGCCGACCUCAUCGGCGGUAUGGAGGACCUCCUCGACUAUUAUUUCUUCAACCAUCAGCUCUGCCAGAACGCCACAGAAAACGCUAAGGAGCGCAGAUGUCUCGCAACUUUACCUUCGCUGCCCGAGUUUAGUUCAGUCAAAGACAUGGCUGCCGCUGCCUGCAAGAGUGGCUUGGAAGAGCUGUUGUAUGAGGAACUUGUGGAUAAGAAGACGCUUGUGGUCACUGUCAACGCUCUACUUGGUGCUGUCCUCGAAGAUGUGGAGAACGAGGGAGAAAUGCUCGAAGCGGCUGCUUGUCUUGGAGUCGACCCUGUCCAGCAAAUUGUGAGGAUUGGCGAGGGGGAUUUGCUUGGGGUUGAGGAGUUUUGGUUCGUGCAGCGUGCGGCUUCGGUACCAAUUGUUGAGAGUCUGAUCUGA